GCAGCCCGACCUGGCUUUGGGCCGGCUGGGUGUGGGGAGCGGGGCCCCGCCGCAGCGGGCUGGGACUGUACGGGGUGAGAAGGGGAGGCAGAAGGUGUCCUGUGACACCUCCUCACCCGGCAGAGCGAGUGCUGGCAAACCGCGGGUUUGGGGUUUGUGUGUUUCGUGAAAAAGAGAAUGAUCCCGUAAACCGAGUGGUGGGAGUUGAGGAGCAAGGAGCUUCUACAGGCAGAUCUCCUCGGAGCCGCUGAAAUGCUCCGGCAGCUGAUCUCCCUAGAAAACCAGUAGUGCUGAAAGGAAUGGAACUCGGCACUUGCACAAGCAAAUGGACAGUAGAUUACUUGAGCCAAGCUGAAGGAUCUAAAGAAGUAAAGAUUCAUGUGUCUGCGGUGCCGCAGAUGGAUUUCCUCAGUAAGAACUUUGUGUAUAGAACUCUGCCUUUUGAUGUAUUUGUACGAAGAGCAGCUGAAGUCAAACACAAGGAGUACUUUCUUUCUGAGGAUGAAAAGUACUAUUUGCGAUCAGUGGGUGAAGAUGCUAGGAAGGAUAUUGCAGAUAUCAGAAAGCAGUUUCCUAUCCUGGCAGAUGAUGUUCAGAUUCCUGAGUAUUUUGAGAAGGAACAGUUUUUCUCUAGCGUCUUCCGCAUCAGCUCAGCUGGAUUGCAGUUAUGGACACAUUAUGAUGUAAUGGAUAACUUCUUAAUCCAAGUAACAGGGAAAAAACGAGUUGUUUUGUAUAGUCCUCGAGAUGCACCAUAUUUGUAUUUAUCAGGUACUAAGUCAGAGGUGCUGGAUGUGGAUAACCCAGACUUAGAGAAAUAUCCCCUUUUUGUGAAAGCCAAGCGCUAUCAAUGUUUUCUGGAAGCAGGAGAUGUGUUAUUCAUUCCAGCUUUGUGGUUCCACAAUGUAAUUUCUGAGGAGUUUGGAGUGGCACUGAAUGUCUUCUGGAAACACCCCACAGCAGCCUCUAGAGCUAUACAGAUCUUGGACAGGGCCUUGAAAACACUUGAAGAACUACCUGAGGAAUAUAGGGAUUUUUAUGCUCGGAGAAUGGUGUUACGCAUCCAAGAAAAAGCCUAUAGGAAUGAUUAUGGAUAAAAUAACACAUUGUAAUUCAGCAAGC